AUGGACUCCACAAACACUACGGAGCUUGCCACUCCCCCCUCUGGCACCACCCCCACCACCCCUAAACACGUCACGACGCCGACCACAAUGACCACAACCACACGCCUCCCCACGGGCGUCUACGUGCCCAUGCUCGCCUUCUUCACGCCCUCAGACACCAUCGACGUGCCAGCGACGCAGCGGCACGCGGCGCGGCUCCUCGCCGCCGGCGUGGCGGGCCUGGUGGUGCACGGAUCCAACGGCGAGGCGGCGCACCUGAGCCGGGAGGAGCGGUGCGUGGGCGUGCGGGCCGUGGCCGACGCGGCGCGGCACGCUGCCGACAAGCCGGGCCGCGUCCCCGUCAUCGCGGGGUGCGGCGCCCAGUCGGUGCGCGAGACGGUCGAGCUGUGCGCCGAGGCGCGCGGCGCCGGCGCCACGCACGCCCUCGUCCUGCCGCCGGGGUACUACGCCGGGCUGCUGGGCCCCGCGGGGCUCGUCGACUUCUUCGCCGAGGUGGCUGACCGGAGCCCGCUGCCCGUGCUGGUGUACAACUUCCCCGCGGCCGCGCACGGCGUCGACCUGGACAGCGACGUGCUGCUGAGGAUCGCGGCGCACCCCAACGUGGUCGGCGUCAAGCUGACGUGUGGCAACACGGGCAAGCUGGCGCGCGUGGCGGCCGAGGCGCCCAAGGUGCGCGGCGGGAGGGACGACUUCUUCGUCGCCGGCGGCAGCGCCGACUUCCUGCUGCAGGGCAUGGUGGUGGGCGGGCACGGCACCAUCGCCGGGUUCGCGAACCUGGCGCCGCGGGCGUGCGUGCGCAUCGUCGAGCUGUUCGAGCAGGGCCGGUUCGCCGAGGCCCGCGAGCUGCAGGCCGAGGUCGCCCGGGCGGACUGGCUGGCCAUCCGCUACGGGUUUGUCGGCGUCAAGGCCGCCAUGCCCAUGUUCCACGGCGAGGGCGAGCGGGCGUCCUGCGCGCCCAGGAGCCCACUCAAGAGGCUGCCGCGGGGCGGCAAGGCCGAGGAGGAGAUCCGGGAGGGCAUGGCUGGCGUGAUGGCGAUAGAGGCCGAGUUGGCAAAGAUGGAAGGAAGUGGGGUCGCGAGGUAA